AUGGCCGAGUCCGUGGACUCCAUGCAUUUCGCAGCAAACAGCAAAACAAAUUCCCCCAAAGCUCUGAUCCCCAAACGGCCGCCGGAGAGCCGGCCGCAGUCUUCCAGCGACACGUACUCUCCCCCCUCCAAGAAGGUCCGGAUCGAGGAGAAGGGCUCGAAACACAAGAAACUGAACGGGGAGGUCUGCGCAGGGGAAAAACACAACGGGAAGCAGAGUUAUGGAAGCCCAGCGAAAUGGAGUUUCGGCCCGGCCAAGGCGAGCCACUCCGCCGCGCCGACCCCCGCCCGCAAAAUCUUCAAGAUCAGCAACUUCCUCGCCUCGCCGCCCAAGGCCAAGAAGGUGAAGGAGAAGCGGCCGAAGGAGAAGGACAAAGCCGUGCAAACCCACGGUUCCCCCGUGGCAAUGGAGAAAGUCAGCUCUGCUAGCUGCCAUACAAAGACGGAGAACGGUGACGUGAAAACGAUACAGAGAGAUCCUCGCAUUAAGGGUAAGGACAGAGAUAAGAAGAAAGAGCUGGAUAAGGAGUGGAAGAACUACAAAUUACCACCUGUGAAUGACAUCAGCAGAGAAAAUGGAGAAGCGGUUUCCCCACAGAAAGAUUCAAAAGAAAUACUCAAAUCUGGUUCAGAAGAAGAGCUUCUACUGAAGAAACUGAAGAAGAAGAAGAAAAAGAAGCAUAAAGAUGGCGAGCGAGAGAAGGAGAGACAUGGACGGCCCAAAAUGUAUCAUCGGUCAAGUCAGACGGUGUGUUCAGGUGUAACUCUGGAUCUGCCCGACUUCCUCAGUAAAAUCAAUGGGAGCAGCAGCAGCAGCAGCAACAACAGCAGCAGCAGCAGCAGCCUACCCCAAAAUAUAGCCUCACAUCAGGACCACCAAAACUCCACCUUCACUGCCACAACCUCAGUGGUCAGGGAGAGGUUGGGCUUUGGCUCCCCGCUCAGCUGCAUGCCAUCAUCUAGCUUGCCUGGUCUGGAGUUUGGCCAUUUGAUCCAUGUUGAGCAGCAGGCUAACGGAGGGGCAUCUGUGACACACGCUUACAGCGAACAGCUUUCCUGCCUGUCACCAGCCGAGAUGCAGCGUUUUGCCCAGGAGUUUGUGACUUUGUCAUUCAGUGAGGAUCAGGCCAAGGCAGCGUGCUAUGUGAUGGGGAUCAUUCAUGGAGCAGCUUCCUACCUCCCAGAUUUCUUGGACUACUUCUCCACAAAGUUCCCCAAUGCACCAGUGAAGAUGGAGGUGCUUGGCAAAAAGGACAUAGAGACGACAACCAUGGCCAACUUCCAUUCUCAGGUGAAGCGGACGUAUUCUCAGGGUACAUACCGCGCCGGGGCCAUGCGGCAGGUCAGCCUGGUCGGAGCUGUGGACGAAGAAGUUGGGGACUACUUCCCCGAGUUCAUCAGCAUGCUAGAGAAAUCUCCCUUUCUGGAGCGGACUCUUCCAUGGGGUAUGUUCUCCAGCCUGCGGCUGCAGAGCCCCACUGAGAGUGACGAUGGCCCCAUCAUGUGGGUCAGACCUGGAGAACAGAUGAUCCCCAUGGCUGACAUGCCAAAAUCACCCUUCAAAAGGAAAAGCAGAUCUACCAACGAGAUCAAGAACCUCCAGUACUUACCCAGAGCCAGCGAGCCCAGGGAGAUGCUGUUUGAAGACCGGACGAGAGCCCACGCUGACCACAUCGGUCAGGGGUUCGAGAGGCAAACCACUGCCGCUGUAGGUGUGCUAAAGGCUGUGCGCUACGGAGAAAGCAGUGACGCUCCUUCACGGAUCACCAAAGACGUUGUGUGUUUCCACGCUGGAGAUUUCCCAGAUGUCGUCAUGAGGUUACAGCUGGACCUCCAUGAACCUCCGCUGUCACAGUGUGUGCAGUGGAUUGACGAUGCCAAACUGAACCAACUGAGGAGGGAGGGGAUUCGAUACGCACGCAUCCAGCUCUACCAUGACGACAUCUACUUUAUUCCCAGGGGUGUGGUCCACCAGUUCAAAACUGUUGCUGCUGUUUGCAGCCUGGCCUGGCAUAUCCGCCUCAAACAGUACCACCAGCAAGAAGAGGAGGAGGAAGACAAGGAACAGAUGGAGGAGAAGUGCACACCUGCACAGACACCACUUCAAAUCAAAGAGGAGGAGGAAGAGGAGGACAAGAAGCAGGAGGUGAACGGGAGGAAAGCGCCCAACACACCCACCCAGACACCGACACAGCCGGAAGAGGAGGGGCAAGAGGAAGCGGAGGGCCCCUUCUCCCACAGGACAACGCAGAGCCGCGAGGAGGGAGGGCUGGUGUGGGAAGCUGGGGAGCAGAAAAAAGCCGAAGCCAAAGCCUCAGUGUCUCCUGAGUCCCCACCCUUGGUCAAGAAGGAGAGAGAGGGAGGUCCACUCACAGACAUGCUGAUGGAACCCAAGGUCGAGGAGGACAAGGCAGAAGAAGGCGACGGAGGGGGAGACGGCAUCAUUGGUCCUUGUCGGGCACAAGGCGAGGGGGUUGGGGAGGGAGUCACCCCUUGGAAGACCCCACAGCAGAUAAAGAAGGAGAACGACAUGGAGGCAGAGAGGCAGCCGAAAGAGGCUCCACCAGGUCCCGGCCUGAAAGAAAGGGAGAAGACAAGAGACAGCAUAUCGUUUGCUCAGAUGCCGCUGCAACUAAAGAAGGAGAAGGAGAGAGGGAAGGGCAAAGACCGGGAGCGAGAGGAAAGGGAGAGGGGGAAGGAGCGGGAAAGGAAGGAAAAGGACAGGAGUAAAGAGAAGGAAAAAGACAAAAAGGAGCGGAGCAAAGACAAGGAGAGAGAAAAGGAGAGGAUGAAAGAGAAGGAAAGAGCCAAGGCAGAGGGUUUUGCCCAGGCACACCCACCACCACACAUGAGGAAAAAAGAGGAAGAGGAUAGGAUGAGAGAGUGCAACAGAGUCCCUCACACUUCUCCACCUGCUCAGAGGGAGGAGAAGGGGGCCAGGGAGUUGGACAUGGCCAUCAAGAUGCAGCCUCAUGUCCGUAGGGAGCGAGAGCAUGAUAAAGAUAAAGACAGAGGCGGCCUACAGGUAGCCUCUCAUGUGUGGCUGGAGAAAGAGGAGGCCAGAGAAACCAGCGGACACAAACAAAAGCCACCACACGGAAAGAAAGAGAAGAGCGGCCACAGGGAGGGCAAAGAGGGCAACGCUGCACCCUCGCACAUGUCACAAGCAAAGCCGGGGAGGGAGGACAGCAAGGCAGGGACUCCCAAGCAUGCUCACGUAAAGAAAGAAGGAAAACGGGAUAAGGAGAUCAGCAAAGAGGAGAGGAAGAAAUUGAACCCGGCCCCAGGUUCCACUCCGCCCGAGCCCAAACCACCACGGACACUCAUCACUUUUGAUCUCUUUAAGCCAAUGGAUGCCCACCAAACUCUGUCCCACUCAUUCACAGACAGUAGACCCAAGAUUCACCAUCACAGUGACUCUCGAGGCUCCUCCUCUAAGACCGGGUCUGACAGCCGGACAGUUUUGCCCUCCAAAGGACCAAAAGUCAAGGACACAGUGCAGGCGAAAGCCACAAUGCCCAUACAGGACACGCGGCCACACCACUCUGUGAAACAGCCCCUCAAAACACACACACCCCAAACUCAGAAAGACUUUUUGAUAUGAAUGUUUAGGUGUCUCAAGUCCUCUUUCUACUGUACAACUUGCGCCAAGGCCAUUUCCAAAUAAUUUGUAAAAAAGCAUCCUACUUUCAGAUACGAGCUGGUCUUUUUUUAAUAAGGUUGUAACAGGUUUAAGGAUGCAUUCCAUCAUCUUAGCUUACACCACCACAGGCACUCCAGAGAUGUGAAGACAGGAUUGUGUUUUGACACGGCCUAUGUGAGACUGUAAGCUAAGUAGCUCACUUCACGUUUGUUAGCGAAUGUACGUAGGCUCAAUAUGAAAUCUGUCAUGUGACCCAUGUGUCAGUGCCUGUGCACUACUUAGCUUCGCUCUUAAAGCACCUAUUUUAGGUACUCGAUUUUCCAAUCUGAAAACAACCCACUUGACUCCAGUGUGAAUUUUUCCGGUCCUUGUUUGGAAUAAAACAGUAAGCAUUGAUGACCAAACAGAAUCCUUUUUGCCAUAUUGUUGAAUUUGGUUUGUAGGUCAACACUUCAACAGGAGAAAGUAGUUGUUUUCAGACUGGACUUUGUUUGACUCACACAGGGCUGUAAAUGAUACUCUAUGUACCGAAUCUGUACAGUAUAGAUGUAUUGGCACCAAUGUGAGAAACUGUAAACAGAAAUUGCAUAUAUUUUUUGUAAGACGAGUUUUAUUUUCCAUAGAACUUAUUUAUAUCAUUUACUGUCUGUUUUUAUUUGAAACCAAUGUAUGUGAGAAUUUAGUUGUAAAUACAUUUUAUUUCCUAAGAUAAGACUUGGUAGUGUGAUUUAUACUCUGAAGAAGAACCUCUCAAUAAACGGUUCAGAACAUUAACCCAGCCCCCUCGUUGUUUUUAUCGGUGUUGGUGUCACUUUUCCAUUCAGUGUUUAUUGUUGGCUCCCCACGUGGUUGAGGUUUCCUUUUUACCGUGU